UCUGAUUUGUGGUCAGUGAUUUUUUUUUGUAGAAAGUAAAGUUGGAGAAGAUGGCCAUGGAUGAUAGAUCAGUCCACCUCUCUCUCUCUCUCUCUCUCUCUCUCUCUCUCUCUCUCUCUCAAGAUGAGGGCCUGGAAAAGGGUAUAUAAAAGGCCAAGGGAGGAAGGGAAUUUUUGUAUGCAAACAGAACAAAAGCUAGCCCCAAAGUUAGGUGAAAAGAUCCAUCAUCUCUCUUAUGAGUUGUUUUCUGAGCUGCAGGGUACAAACACAAAUUUGAUUCCUUUUUCAGCUUUUAUUCUCUGCAUACCUGCACGCGCCAUUGUCUCAGCCUGUGGCACUAUAAGCUUGCGUAACGACGUAGAUCAACUUGAUCACAGUCUUGUUGCUGUUUGGACUCGAUCUGAAUAUCAUGGCUGCUAAUAAUGCUAAUGAAGUUGGAAAUCCGCCCAUCAGAAAGUGGAAAAUGCCACCCUGCGUUUUCUUCCACGAUGCAAGACUCGUUUUCAAGAUGGAUUCACUUGGUAUGGAGAUACUCAAAAUUGCAUUCCCUGCUGCCCUGGCAUUGGCUGCUGAUCCCAUUGCUUCCCUCAUUGACACUGCCUUCAUUGGUCGUCUAGGACCUGUGGAGCUGGCCGCUGUAGGAGUUUCCAUAGCCAUAUUCAAUCAGGCAUCCAAGAUCACCACAUUUCCAGUGCUUAACAUUACUACCUCUUUUGUUGCUGAAGAGGAUACUAUUAAAAAACUUAGCAUGGAAGCAGAAAAUGAGAAAAUCAAAGACGUGGCGCCAGAGGAUGCUAUGGCUGAUAACAUGGAAAAGGGCAUUGAUGUCAGUAGUUCAGCUAAUAAUGAAAAAACAAAAGAGUUGAAGCUGCCAGAGGAUGCCAGUACUGUUGAUAACUUGGGAGAAGCCAUUGCUAUUCCUACAAAUGCUAAUGCAGUAAAGCCAGAAAAAGGUGGCAAAACUGAUGAAUCGACCAAGAAAAAGAAGAAACAUAUCCCUUCUGCAUCAACAGCAAUAAUUAUUGGCCUAAUGCUUGGUCUUUUGCAAGCAGCAUUGCUCAUGUUUGCAGCAAAACCUCUCCUAGGUCUAAUGGGUGUGAAGCAUGAUUCUCCAAUGUUAGUCCCAGCGCAAAAAUACUUGACACUGAGAUCAUUAGGAGCUCCUGCAAUUCUUCUAUCUUUGGCCAUGCAAGGGGUGUUUCGAGGGUUUAAGGAUACAAAAACACCUCUAUAUGCUACAGUUGCGGGAGAUAUGAUGAAUGUGAUCUUGGAUCCAAUACUUAUCUUUUCCCUUCAUCUAGGAGUCGCUGGUGCAGCCAUUGCACAUGUUCUAUCUCAGUACUUAAUUGCAUUGAUCCUCCUCUGUCGAUUGGUAAAAGAAGUUAAUCUUUUACCUCCAAGGAUGAAAGACUUGCAGUUUGGUCGGUUCCUUAAAAACGGUUUUAUGUUAUUGACAAGAGGAAUAGCAGUGACAUUCUGCGUGACAUUGGCGGCAUCACUGGCUGCCCGGCUGGGAUCGACACCAAUGGCUGCAUUUCAGAUCUGCUUACAAGUGUGGCUUACCUCAUCACUUCUUGCUGACGGAUUAGCCGUUGCCGGCCAGGCACUCCUCGCCUGUGCAUUUGCUGAGAAGGAUAUGAACAAGGUGACUGUAACAGCAACACGAGUAUCGCAGAUGGGUUUUGUUCUGGGAAUGGGACUCUCCCUGGUUGUUGGAGUUGGUCUAUACUUUGGAUCAGGGGUCUUUUCCAACGAUCCAAAGGUUUUACAGAUUAUAUGCAUUGGAGUACCGUUUGUGGCAGCCACACAACCAAUCAACACAAUAGCCUUUGUUUUUGAUGGAAUAAACUUUGGGGCGUCUGAUUUUGCAUACACUGCUUACUCCAUGGUAUUGGUUGCGGGAGUGAGCAUUGGUUCCUUAUUCCUUCUGUUUAAAAGCAAUGGUUUUGUGGGAAUCUGGAUUGCCUUAACCAUUUACAUAACUCUGCGCAUGUUUGCUGGUAUAUGGAGGAUGGGAACUGGAACAGGACCUUGGCACUAUCUCAGGAAAUAACAUCCAUUGGAUUUCUUACUAUCCAGAAAAGUGUUUUAAAUAUAUGUAUACCACCUACUAGCUGCUCCUGCCAUUGUUAUUCAGCUAUUUUUAUUUUUCAAUAUUAUGUUCGGAUAUUUAUAUAUCAGUUAUCAAUAUAAUAAUAACUAAUGU